AUUUUGUUUAAACCACGUAAGAACACUUUAUGUAAGAAUGAUUAUAUCGUGAAGACGCGCCAUAAUCGACGAACAUAAUCCAUCUCUUCGAACUUGAAAACGCAACAAGUAUAUUUGGUGGAAUGUGUCACGAAAAUCUUAUUCGAUACGAUCGUACUUUAUUUUCGUCUAAGUAAUAAUUCCUUAAAUAAUCCCUUUCAAGGACCUUAGUUUAGUUAGUAAUACAUUCGAGGCGAUUCAACGUGAUAUCGAUUACUUUAUAAAAAGAUUCAAGGCACACAAUAAAGAAACAGUUGCACGAAACAGAUAACAAUAUAUAUUCGUUUAUCGCAUUCAAGGGAAUUUUAACGCUUAUCUAUCGUGUUUGAUCAAUCGUACAUCUAAACGACGAUUUUGUACAAAACUUUGGUUAAUCAUCGUUGAUAGCUUCGUUCGAGGAAAUGAUAGAGUAAUCUUGCGAAAAUUAGGAAAACGGAAUGCCGAGUAAAAGCAAGCCGGCAUGGCUCAUAGUCUUUGCCGCCAAUAAAUUUAUCAUUUGCGUCUAUUUACAUCCGAAUCGAUAAUCGACGCCGCGGGCGCGCCUCUUGCGGUGUAUAUGUGUAUAUAUGUAUAAUGUAUGUACAUGUUGAUGGUGAACAGUGAGUAUACAUGUAACCAACGUAUCCGCGUAUUCGUACUGUGUCUGAUUAUUAUUCGAUACAGCUACGCAGUGUGUUAUUCUCGCGAAAAUUCGGGUCCAAACGCUUCCUCUCCUACUCGGAGUGUCAACGCGCAGAAACCUGAUAUUCGGUAGAUGCCUUUUGAGAGCCGCUGGCCCGAAUCAGCGUGGAACCAUACAAAGGCACAUGGAAUGUGUGACAUGUUCAUCCAAACACAGCAGACGAGUAGCGUCAACGGCAGCAGCAGCAGCAGCAGCAGCAGCAGUAACAACACCGUUCACCACCACAGCAAGAAACGCAAGUUGGAGUACAACGUGAGUCAGCCGGUGAUCCAACACGCAUUGGUUCAAUCGACCGGCGACUACCAAUUAGACAAUACCGGUCUGCAACAACGGUACUCCGUGAACGGUGCUAAUACCGCAUUUAGCUCGCUGCACAACAAUAAUGCGCUGCAGAAGAGUAGCCCGAACCAACAGACCCUGGUACGAGCCUCGACGAUCAAGCUCUUAGACACGUACCAACGCUGUGGCCAGAAGAGAAAAACUUGGUCGAGGGAGGGUAAUGGUGACGGCCUGGCAGUCCACUCCGCCAACGCGACGAACGCAGUGGGCAGUACUGUAGUGUCGCAACAUCAUAAUCAACAGCAACAGCAGCUGCAACAACAACAGCAGCAGCAGCAACAACAACAACACAAGCAGACAGGCAUGACGGCACAUAGCAAGCAAGUAACCAACGCUGCCAAUGGAGGCGGUGGCAGCAACCCCCAAGGAGAUGGAGAUUACCAGUUGGUACAGCACGAGGUUCUCUAUUCUAUGACUAAUCAAUAUGAAGUCCUCGAGUUUUUGGGCAGAGGUACUUUUGGACAGGUCGUAAAAUGCUGGAAAAAGGGAACCAAUGAAAUAGUUGCCAUCAAAAUUCUGAAGAACCAUCCAUCGUAUGCGCGCCAAGGGCAGAUUGAGGUCUCCAUCCUGUCUCGACUCAGUCAGGAAAAUGCGGAUGAGUUCAACUUUGUGCGCGCUUAUGAGUGCUUUCAGCACAAAUCCCAUACCUGCUUGGUCUUUGAGAUGCUAGAACAGAAUCUGUAUGAUUUCCUGAAACAGAAUAAAUUUUCACCCCUACCCCUCAAGUAUAUCAGACCGAUUCUUCAACAAGUACUCACCGCUCUUUUGAAACUUAAGCAAUUGGGGUUAAUUCACGCAGACCUUAAACCGGAAAACAUUAUGUUGGUGGAUCCAGUUCGUCAGCCUUAUCGUGUAAAAGUUAUUGAUUUUGGGUCAGCUUCCCAUGUAUCUAAAGCUGUCUGCAACACGUAUUUACAAUCGCGAUACUACCGUGCACCUGAAAUUAUACUUGGACUUCCAUAUUGUGAAGCAAUAGAUAUGUGGUCGCUCGGCUGUGUAGUUGCGGAAUUGUUUUUAGGAUGGCCUCUAUACCCUGGUAGUUCAGAAUACGAUCAGAUUCGAUACAUAAGUCAGACGCAAGGCCUACCAACGGAACACAUGUUAAACAAUGCCAGCAAAACAACAAAAUUCUUUUACAGAGACAUGGACAGUACAUAUCCAUUUUGGCGAUUAAAAACACCGGAAGAGCAUGAGGCUGAAACUGGUAUCAAAUCAAAGGAAGCGAGGAAGUAUAUUUUUAACUGUCUCGAUGAUAUUGGUCAAGUUAAUGUCCCGACUGAUUUGGAGGGUGGUCAACUUUUGGCAGAAAAAGCAGAUAGAAGAGAGUUCAUUGACCUCUUGAAGAGGAUGCUCACAAUGGACCAGGUAGAGCGCCGCAUAACACCUGGGGAGGCUCUGAACCAUGCCUUUGUUACGCUGGCCCAUUUAGUCGAUUAUGCACAUUGUAACAAUGUUAAGGCUUCCGUCCAAAUGAUGGAGGUUUGCCGACGAGCCGGUGACUUCACUGCAAGUCCAGCGCAUCAUCAAGCUCCUCCAGCACCCCAACCACCACCACCAACAUCAUUGGUAGCUAAUUUCGUGCCGACGACAAAUGGUAGUGCCGUAACUUUCACCUUCAACAACCAGUUGACCAAUCAAGUACAGCGAUUGGUUAGAGAACAUCGGACUGCGCAAACAGGAUAUGAUAAUCUGUAUCAAAUAUACAGUAACAGUAGUCGUCGUGCGACUCAGUACAGUAGCUCGUCAAGUGGAUCAAAUAGCGGACGAAGUGGAGUGCACGACUUUCCACAUCAAUUGGUGCCUGGUCUACUUUGUCAUCCACCCAGUUAUCAGACGAUGCCAAGUCCUGCAAAACACGUAGUUGUUGCUCAACCUCCACAAGCGCAACAAGGUCCGUUACAAAUCCAACCAUCGAUUAUAUCGCAGCAGGCCGUUGCUGCUGCAGCUGCAGCUGCCCAACAACAAUAUGCAGCGGUUCCCGUAUCUAUGGUGGAAACUGGACGACAAAUGUUACUAACCAAUGCUGUACAAACCUCUUGGCCUGGUGGAAGUCGUCAAAUGGCCGCUAUCGUACCAUCUUGGCAACAGUUACCACCGCAACAUGCAGCCAUACAGCAGCCAUUACUGAGUGAUGCUGGAGAUUGGGGAAGACCUCUUAUUGUCGAUAGUUCUGCUAUUCUGCAGGAUCAGAGGCCAGUAUUUCCUGUCACGGAAGUAUACAAUACUAGUGCCCUUGUUGAGCAUCCUCCUCAAGGUUGGGGCAAGCGUAGUGUUACGAAACAUCAUCAACAUCAUGUGUCUGUACCCCCGCAGUCUCAACAUAGGCACGAGCAUAAAAAGGAAACACAGCAGUUAAGUCCAGUGAAAAAGAGGGUAAAAGAAAGUACUCCACCGAGCAAUAUGAGACGGCAUUCACCUUCCAGCGGUCAUUGGCAACAGCAACCCAUGCAGCAACACCAUCACAGCAGCAAACACAGCAGUAGUCAUAAUGUAGAACACCAUCAAGUUACAUCUGGUCGGCAGCAAACUAUUACAAUUCACGAUACACCAUCACCUGCAGUUUCUGUUAUCACGAUAAGUGAUAGCGAAGACGAAACACCGGGCAAGUGCUGUGGAGAUCGGCAAUGUGGAGCCUGUCAAAAUUUGGCAACUCGCCUGUCUGGCGAUGGACGUCCAGUCCGCGAGGAAGUCAUUCGAAGUACGCAGUCAACACCACGCGUGGUUCAACCAAUACAGCAAACCCAUUCAAGUAGUCAGUCGCAUACUAAUGGCCACGUAACAACGCAUAGUACAUCUCAAAGAUCGCAACGAAAAAAUAUUAUCAGUUGUGUAACUGUCGGUGACAGCGAUGGCGAAGCUAGUCCAGGUCGAGCGCAUAAUCCAUACCAACAUUUACCGCAACAUCCUCAGCAUCAACAAACUACGCAGUUAAUUAAACACGAACCCCAACAGCAACAUCACGUCAGCAGUAGCAGUUCUGGAUAUUCGUCUCAAUCGCAAAAGAAACGUUUAUUGGCCAAAGUACAGUCCGAAUGUAAUAUGGUGAAUGUUGCGACAAAACCGGAGCCCGGCGUUGAGUACCUUGCACCUCAUCCGUGUCACGCGCCAGCCUGUAAAGAGCCACCGACCUAUCAGGAUGAUGCCUAUGACAUGCAUGACUACUUCUUGCAGUAUGUGACCACGAGUAGCGCGCAUCCGCACCUUCAAGAGCAACACAUUGUGUAUACGACUGGCACGGACAAGCGGGUAUCAUGGCCUGGAAAGAGAGCUGAAUACAAGCACGAGUACGUUCAACCACCGGCUGCUCAUUCCAGAGACCACCAGAAAUGGGCGGUAGCGAAUACUGUGCAUCAGUAUAGGCAGAGCCAGGUGGUGGGUUCGGCAGCCCAUCCGGGUCAUACCCACAGUCACCAUGGGCAUCCGGCCCACCUCAGUCCUGGGGGCGGUGGCGGGGGCAGAAGUCCUGCAGGGGGGCCUGUAAUAGGAAGUGCCCAGCAUCUGGGACAGCCCCUGUACCAGGAGUACGCCCAUGUGCGUUCAAGAGCCCAUGCCGUGCCACCCCCGGUAUACGUAACCGCCGCGCCUUCUCAGGCGCCUACUGCUAUCCAGCAGCAACAAGUGCCCACCUAUCAGGGAUUCACACCCGGGUGGGUACCUAGACACCUAGUUGAUGCAUGCAUCUCGUCUCCAUUAACGUUGUAUGAUUCUAGUCGAGCGUUGCCACCACCAGCUCAUCACAGCUCGGCCAGACCGUUGCUAGCAAGUCAUGCAGCGCAUCCACUGCCUGCACAUAUGCAGCCAACAGCCGUUUAUGGAUUGGCCCCACUUUCACCGGCCAAACAUCAAUAUCAACCUUCUGGUUUGUGGUUCACCGAGUAAAUUAUUCCUCUAUCUGGUUUCAAAAGAAAAAAUCAAACGGCGUGCGAGUACUAGUUUUCGCCGCUUCUUUUUUUUUAACGAAAUUUUACAAGGUCGAGAAAUAACCGAUCGCAUCAAAGAUAACCGUACGAAAGGAAAAAGAGAACCCAUCAUCUUUAUCGAAUUCAUUCCUCGCGAAAGUGUUUUUUUUACUAGCGAACGAAGGGGUCCCUUCGCGAUACUAUUAUCAGCUAUUGAAAACACAGAGUAAAAAACUAGGCUUGUAUUGUUACGAAAGGAAUAAAGAAAUUACGACUGGAAAGAGUCGACGGAGUCUCAAGACAAGACCGAAGUCGUUCUUCAACUCAACUUUUUGACAAUCCGUCCUUAAAAAGCGAUCGCCCCCUUCGAACUGCCUGUCUGUGCUAUUACGAAAAAGAUUAUCAAAGCUCUACGCAUGAUUUUGAUUGACAAGGAAGUAAAUAAUAUGGCUUCAAACGUCGAUAGACUGAUCGCGUUUGUGUCGUGUGCUAAUGAUUUCAUUAGCGUAUUUAUCAUUCUCAUCGUGAAACGUGUUGUCUUUUUCCUUUCAUUCGACGAUGUGAACAUCGUAUUCGAAACGAAGAAGCAAGUGAAAGUAACGAACGGAGAAGAGAAAGAAAAAAGCAAAACGAUAGAGAAAAGAAGCUUUUUGAUGCUUCUUGUUGCGCAAUCGUUUCCUCAGUGAACCAUUGCUUUGAUGAUUUGUAUUUGUAUUAUUUUUCCAAAUAUUAUUUGACGAUCGAUGUACAAUUUUGUCCGACUUAGAUGGCGCUUAUGUUAUAUACGUGAUAGUAUAUAAUAUAAUUGACAUGUUUUGUAUGAUUCUGAAGAAAUAGCGUUGCCGCGUCAAAAAGAAUUUUUACGAGGUUAUACGAACGAAAAAAUUAGAGGAGGCCAGACGAUUUUAUCGUAAAGUUUGAAUCUGCAUUAUUUGAAAUUAAGCGCAGUUUAAGCAGAUAAAGAGAAACAUGUUAGGUGUCGGUGAUUUGUCAAAACUGUUCUACGGUGUAACAGUUAAGAAGUUAUCUUUUAUUGAAGUUCAACGUUAACGGGAAUAAAUUUGCAUUUCCUUGUGAUAUGAUAUAUAUCAUAUACAUUACGUUUUUAGUACUCGUUAACAAAGCUAAUCUUAGCGCGGUAUCCACGGUCACUAGCCGAUGGAAUUUUCGUCAGACUUGAGAUUUUUGUUAUCGAGCGUGACAACGCUUUAAUGUAUUCUAAGCGUUCUCUUUUAAACGGGUCAUCGACGUUGAUGAAGAUUCCCGUUCUUGUAUCUAAUAAUUGAAAGCGAGUUGUUCAAUUACACGCAUACACACAAUCAUAACAUGACACAUUGAUUUGUUGUAAAAUGUGUUCUGGAUUUUAUCGCUAGAUUUCAAGCUGUCUUAUAGGUAUGCUGGUGUAAUACCAAACACUUCUUUCCAAUGACGUUACUAUACAAAAGUGUGUCUGAGUUUAGAAUCGAAUUCUUCUGUUUUGAUUCGAAUACAUUAUGGGUAUAUUUGAUUGCAUGGUUAAAUUUGUAUUUGACAAAAGCUGUGUUUUCUCGCAGCAGCCUCAUUAUUUAUUUUUACUACGUAAUUAAUCCUAUUCUUCUCAUCAUAAUUAUUACUAUUACUAUUACCAUUACUACUACUAUUAUUAAUUGCAAAUAGGCAUCACCGACUUUAAGAUAAUUGCAUUAGCAGUUUGUAGUCAUUUUUUUUUUUUUUUUGUAAAUACCACGUAUAGAUAACGCGAUAGAUUUGCGUUAGAUUCGUUUGAAAUGAGAUUUUUUCCCUCUGCAACAUUUUUCAGCGUUGAACGAUGGCCGUACAGCAUAUUAACAUUAACUUUUUCAUUCAUCUGUUGCGUUUUAAUGUUUUGCAUUUCACCGAGGAUUGUAGUCUUAAAAUGUAUGUAUCGAGUAUAUAUUGCACAAAUCUGCGGUACACAACGAUUAGCAUGAACAACAACAAAAGGAUCUGUGUACAGUAAUAACUCAAAUUUGCGUUUGAAGAAAAAGGAACAAAACGAAAUAUACAUAUAUUGAAUUUUCGCGAGAUUCUUAGUUCGAUCGCUUUCGUCGAAAAAGAAGCCUUCGUUGCAAAUAUCUGUUAUAAUGUCGGAUUGCACACAUGUUUUCUUCAACGUACAUUCGAUUCUUUCUAUUCCGAUGAGAGCGUCAAUGGUGCAAGUUUUUAACAAUCCCCAUUCGUUUUUUCUCCCUCGUCGAAUCAUGUUCUUCCUUCUCACAUUUUUCCACGUCAGUAUAAAGAAAGCAAUUUCUAAUAUCUCAUAAAAUGAGAAAAACUAUAUAUCAUAUAUACAUGUAUAAUGUAUAUGAUUGCAAUUCCUUGAGUAAACUGCAUUCGAUGUAUAUGUGCAUGCCCAUAUGUCGAUUUGUACGUAUAAUUAUCAUGAGUGGUUCUCCUCCUACAUUUCAACUUUCGAACAGGUGUAAGAAUGGAUUUGCACACAUUUUACGACUUGUGAAACAGUUUCAAAAACGUUUUUCUGCGUGCUGACGUGUAUAUCGUGGUUUUUAAUGGAAUGACGCUUAGGCAUUGUUUUGCUAAUUAUUUUAUAUACAUAGCUGUAUGAUAACGUACGGGAUAUUAGCUGUGGUAUGUUGAUUAGAGUGAAACCAUGUCCAGAGUUUAAUUAGAAGUAUUUUACACUUAGAGCGAGAAUGUGAGUGAGCAAGUCGAAAUGAGUAAACGAAUGUGAUUACGUGAUUAGCGUGAUUGAUAAGGAGAGAAAGGGAGCGAGAGAACAGUGUUAGAGAGAAUAAUAAAAUGACACUUUAGAUAUGUUACCGAUAUCCUAAAACAACAUUUUUCAAUGUCUUAAAAAAUGAAUAUAACGUGAAGCUGGUAAUCCAUUAAUUUCGGUCGGAUAAAUAAUUGUAAAAUUGUUAAUAUUUUUAGAAAUUAAUUAAUACUAUUUAUAUCAAAGGGCACCUAUGAUAAAAACCUGGCUAAUUUCCUGUUUUAUUCGCGAAAUACUAAACAGUCUACUUAAACAUUCGUUUGUCUUUUUUUUUUUUUUAUUAAUUUUCCAAAUUUAAGCAUCACGUUUAUCAAUUGCGCGAAUUGGCUUCGUCGAUAUAUUUCUUUACGCGUAUUAUAUGACGUAAAAAUUAAAGAGAAAAAGAAUUGUGUAACCAAGUCGAUGUGCCUGUUUAACAAUUAAUCAUAUUUACAUUUAUAUUUACUGCAAACGAGUAAACUCAUAAAAAAAACGUGUAUAGCGAAAGUUGCAGUAAAACAGAAAACAAAGAAAAGUUACAAUCAGCUUGUAAGUGUUACGUAUUUUAUCGACCACACACGGUACGAAUAUACAAUUAUAAUUAUACAAACACGUUUGCGCGCCUACAUGUAUAUAUGUAUGCUUCCAUAUAAACCGUAGAAAUUAUAUCGCGUAGGAGAAAACAUACCGUUUCUUCUCUUAAGUCGUGAAAAAACAAAAGUCAUAUCCUUAGAUCUUUCGCAUUUUACGUAGAAAAGAAAAAUGGGAAAACUGUUGUUGUGCGUGUGUAUGUAUAGGAACAUGCCUUUUUUUUUGUCGCAGGAAUCGAUACAUGCACAAAAACACACGUAGGAGAUGUACAUGCGACAGUUCUACGCAUCAUAGUCAUACCAUCAUCAUGCUUCAUUUUCUUUUUGCCUCUGUACAUUCGAACGUAUUUAGAUACCUGUGUCACUAGAUAAGCAAAGGGAACUUCAGUCAAGUUUCUGUUUCUUGUUUUUUCCUUUUUUUUUUUUUUUCAUCCAAAGAGCAAGUUUUGACUGACGAUGUAAUAUUUGUAAUGUUUAGCAUAAGACUGUAAUUGUCGAUCGUGGAUUCGAUCGUUCGAAUUAAUCACUGAUAAUAUCCUAUAAGUAAUAUCGUAUAAGUAUGUUAUUUUAUUAUGUUCGCGUUGUUAUUAGCGUCGAAUAUGCAAAAGUAUUUGGGUAGUAGAUUUUAGGUGGUCAGCUUUGUGGAGUCGGAUGUCGGUUAUUGUCUAACAGAUAGAAUUAUCGUUGUCGAUGUUUAUUACUAAUUAACAGCUUUGGGUUUAGAACGUAUACGCAAACUAAACAAUGGUCCUACGUUAGUUUCUCACUUUUUAGGUGUAGAUCGUCAGUCAGUACGAGCUCAGAGUCACGUUAGCGCAGUCAUUGUUACUUUAAGUAGCACGUUUUUAAGCAGUGUACGAGUAGAUAAAUAAGCACGUCAUUGAACGAGUAUCUAAUUAAUCUUAGGCUACCAUGGAAACUGUACGAGAGAGCAAAAAGAAGAACGAUUGUUUUCUUCUUUUGAGAACGUACCGUAACAGUAACGAUGGUUCUAGUUGUGAUAUUUUAUUAAUAUAGGGUUUGUGUACGCGAUGUUAUUUUGGUCAGGCUUUUCAGAAGGCCAACACGUGCAUGGCGCGAUAUAUGUGUAAUGCAUAGAGAAGAUACUAUAGUGUUUUUUGUCGUUAACAAUCCAGGAAGAUUAUUGUCAUAUGGUUGUUACUUCCGAUAGGGUGAUAUGACACGUUACCUUAGCUGCUCAUCGUCUAGCUUGCUCCAAUUCUUUCACGCCAUUCUUCUUCAUAGGCUUUCCUUGUUUUUCACGGAUUUCGCUUCGAGUGAUACGACACAUCAAAUCAUGUUUGUGAUAGAUUUUUACUUCCAUAUUUCUUUGCCAUUUUAAAGUGGAGAAUUGUGUUAAUAGAAUACGAUCUUUUUAACGUAGAUCGUGAUGUUUCAUAACAUUGUUGAGCGCGAGCGUAACAGUUACCUCUUCCUUUCGGGUGACACAAUGAUACAUAAACAUAAUAAAAAGAAAAAGGAACACAUGUACAAAAUACACCUACAUAACACACGGAUCAUAUAUAACGUGCGCGUUCGAGCGCACACUUAUACAUAUACACUCGAAGCUAUAGAGAUAUAAUUAUUUUAAUCAUUUUUAAAUUUGUACAUACAUUUCUUAUCGCAUCAGGGCAGAGGGGAGCGGAGUGAUUUCUUAGUGUCUAGGUGUAGUGCCUAAAAUGUUAAUGAGAUUGUGUCCAAUAGAAAAUUUAUUUAGUGUGGAAUUUCUAACGUUCGAUUCCGAGUGCUUGUAAGAGGAACGCGAAUUUUGUUCGAGCAUGUUUGACCAUAAAAUUAGAAAAUAGGAUGAUUUGACGAAAGAGGAAGCAUUUUCCAAGGCUGAUAGAAUUUUUCCGUACAAGCGCCCGGAGUCGUGGAACGGAUAACGUUCGACGAGCGAGUCUAACACUGUUAAUAAACAGAUACUCGCGUUGAAAUGGCCAGAAAUGAAUAAAAAAAGGGAGCGAAAGAAUGAAUGAAAGAGAAAAAAUGGAAUCAAAGGACAUCCGCGGAUAAAAAUUACGUUUCUUUGUGGACUUAGAAUUUAAUGUUCAUCGCGUUGUAUGGAUAGUUCGUAUAAAAUUAUAUAUAUAUAUUAUAUAUAUUAUCAUUGUAAAACAAAGCAACUGACUUUUUGCGAGGAAUAGAUAGUGUAGCUAUUAUAAGUAUAGGAGAGAAUAACAUAUUUUUGGAGUUAUACUACUAGAGGAUUGAUAUUGUAUUGUGCUCUGUGAGUUCUUAAACGUUUGUCUUCUUACGUUCUUGGUCUUUAAUCGUCGAAUUGCUCAUCACGAUCGGACCACAUUUACAUGUAGAAACGAGAAUUAUUAAAAGCAAACGAAAGAAAAAAAGAAACAACUCAAGAGGCGUAUGCUAUCGACAUGUAUAUCUUAUGUAUGUACGAUAUUUGUUCUAAAUUUCGGUUCGUCGCGACAUGUCACUAGAAUUUUGCUCACGAUCCAUGUGUACGUACUCUUCGGUACGUGCACGCGUGAUCUCGUAGAUUAUAUACGUGCAAGAGAAAUCACAAUAGUCUGUAGUCUAUUUAAUUCGUACCUCGACUUCUCUGAACGAUUCGAUAUUGAGAGACGAACCAUCAAGACACACGUGAUAAAGGUAUUUCAUUGUUUUUUUUUAAGUCAACUGUAUAUCGUAAUAGCGAGUAAAUGAAGUCCGAUUAGGGAAGCAAGAAGUAAACGAUAGAUCAUGCGGGUAUAUUAGGCUAGAAUCGAUGAUUCACAUCUGACUGUUCUUCGAUGUUCUUAAUGUUCACUAUUAUACUAUGGUAAUAUUGCAAAUAAUUAUGAACGGUAGUACUUGUAUUAUACGUUUGUCAGACUUAUGCAUAAUAUUAUACGAGUAAGGAUUAAUCAUAGUUUUUAAAAGAAAAAAGAAAAAAAUAUGGGGGAAAACACUCGUGUAAACACAUCACUGCUGCUAAAACGUUGUUAUCGUUAACAAUUUUUCUCAUCUUUAAUAGGGUGAUGGAUUCAGAUUGAUAAUUAGGAGCAUACCGUGGCAUAGCUGGAUAGUCUUCGCUGUGGAAGAAAGUAGAAAAUUUGGUGUUUCGAUGUUCGUACGGUUUAGGAUAUUUUUCGUUUUCGUAGUUCUCUUCUACUACUUUUUGUCUUUUCUUGUUCGUAUACAACGCGCAGCCGUUCUCAUCGUUUUCGUUCGUGCCACGGGACAUUCUACUUUAGACCGGUUAUUUACUAGAUCGGUUUUUUGGUAAAGAUAGCUUUCGAACGAGCUUUCGACUUUUUAUAUGUAUAGAUAGUUUCAAAGAUGCUGGUUGCUUAUUAUUCGUCGUUUUCCAAAGGUUCUCCUUUAUUUUUCAAAGUUUGGGAAUCUUUCCGAAGAGUUUCCAAUUGUGCGGAAAUGUAAUUUUAAUUAACUCUAUAUAACCUUUUUGUAACUCUGAAGUAGUUAAAAUGGUAUAAGUGCUUGAUAAAAAUAAUUACGAAUUGUAACGAAGCUAAAACAGGUCUAUGUAAACUCCUUAUAAUUUAGAAACUUUAUACAAUCGUACGAAUAAGCCGAAUUCGGAAUGUUACGAAUAAUCCUAUUCGCUAUAUGGCUAUACUAUAUAUUUGUACCGCCUAUAAAUGUGCGCCUUUUGUGUAUUUUAACUGUACUAUGAUAGUAGUAGCACUAUUUGUACUAUUAUUAUUGAUAGACAGAUUUAAUAUCGUUAUGAUUAUAAAUAAUUGUGUUAUCUGAUUCACGUCGCACGGGCUGAUACACACCUGUUCUAUUUUCCAAUCUUAAUGGUUUUCAAUCUAAAUUGAUAGUAAGCUUUGGAUCUAAAUAUUUCGAUGAAAAAUAGAUAGAGCGUAAAUUUCUUCAUCUUCCACGACGAUAGCGAUUUAGUGUCUUUUCGUUCUAUGGUCGUAAUUUUCUCUUCUAUCAGUAAAAAAUACCUUCAGAAUUCUCGAGUCUAAGUCGAUUUCAGCUGUUCUUUUCCUUUCUUCUUGAUGUCUUGCCUUAUCGCGGUACCAUUACCAUCGAUAUAUAUAAUAAUUACACUGACAUCAGUGCAUAUACACACACGUACAGAUACAUACGUACAUACAUAUACACAUACACCACAGCAAAGUAGAUACAAACGUAACACACGUUAAGAGGAUAAGUCCUUUGUGCCGUCGAUUAACAUUACUGUUUGCCAAACUUCUUUAUCCUAUACGUAACGGAUACAGCUGUAUAAAUGUAUAAAUUAUCGUUACCAGGUGUGCUCGAAUUUAUCGACAUUUAAUGUGAUCGUUUCUAACAAUCUUUUCAAAUCGAAUAUCAAUCAGAUCCGAUACGCGGUAUUACAUAAAAUUUAGAACAAACAAAGGAGAAAGAUAAACGUAAAGUUUGUGAAUUCGAGUACGCGUGGAUCCUUCAUACGACCAUGCAUCCAGCAACAUAGUAACCCCGAUCGAUCGCCUUCGUGGCGUAAUAUAAAGUGAAGUUUCUAAAUGGCGGUAUUUAGCGUAGAUGAAUAUAAACGAACAAAAAGUAAAAAGAGAAAAGGAACACACACAUACACACAAAGAAGGAAAAGGAAAACAAAAGUUUUUUUAAGCUUUCGCAAGAAGUCUGUCUUAAAGUAUUAAAACUCUCAGGCUGCGCCGAUUGUCUUUGCCGCGUGCGUAUGGAAUAGCGGCCGCACGGUCGCGGAGUCGUCGAACGAGAAUGGUGUUCAACCGAUAUACCCGAGCAUAGGAACCUCGAGACAAUUCGAAUCUAACAGUUCUCGCUGUGCGCGACCCGUAGAGUUUGUAAAAUAGAUGAAUAUACGAUAUAUUCGCCAUUUGGCAUUACAAAGGACACGUAGAAAUCUGUGGUUCUCCACACCGUAAUAUAUAUAAUGAUAAUAAUUUCGAACGAUCGUAGCUCAACGCGUGGCCUGUAAAACGACGAAAAGUAACCAAGAUGUGUCGAAACUCGAGUGGAAGCAUUCGUCGACAGUGAAAUUUAUUUACUAGUAGAGCGUGCCUUAUAUAUCGACGAUCCAUGCAGGAUCUUUUCUAGAUUUCGUUUUUCGACCGGACUAAUUGUUUUUCGUAGCUAGAUUCGAUCGUCUCGCGUCUUAUACUCCGGUAUCACGCUGAACACCAUUUCACUCUUAUAUAUAUGGAUGGAUGAAUAUACAUUUAUCUAUUAGAUAUAUACAUAUAUGCAUAUGCAUAUUAUAUAUAUAUACAUGUACGUAUAUAUUACGUAUAAAUUGUAUAAUAGAAAGCAGAGAAAAAAAUUGGAAUAUCCAUUGCUUGCGCGUGUGAUGAAUUAUUUCAGAGGUCGACCAGAGUACAAAGCGUAGGUUUAGUUUGGUCUCGGAAAUAGUUUGUGCACGAAUACGGACUAUAGAAGUCGAGUCGAACGUCGUCGCCGAAUGUUAGAAAAUUGGUUGAUAAAUGAUAAGUUGAAACGAGAAAUGUUUUGUACGCACUGGCGAACGAACAAAAGAAAGAAAAAUCCUAGAGACGAAAAGGCAAGGAAAUAUGAACAAAAAAGCGGAAGAGUAAAACAGAGUUCAGCAUAGAGCGAAAGAACCGCUGCGUUACGGUUUUACAGCGUUGCGUCGACCGACCGCGACGAGUCCCGUUCUUUGGCUUCUCUUUCGUAUGUCCGACAAUAAACGCUUCAUUGGAGAGGGCGACGGAAACGAACGACAACCAUGAAUCAAUCAGCAGACAAAUCAAAAGUACUUAGGCUUUAAAUUGCACCGUGUCAAACGAUUCUCGAAACCUUCUUCGUCACUGUCGACCGACACGACGUUUAGAUAUUGUAAUGGAGCGCAUGGAACAUUAUAUCAUCUAGGUAACCAAAAAAAAAAAAAAAAUUCUAAUCUCAUCGCGUCGUAGCUCGCGACUACUAACUGUUAUACAUACAUCGUCGUGAACAUUUUGCUUACGAUCGAGAAAGAAAAGAAAAAAAAUAAAAAAUUAAUCGACUGAUAUUUUUCUGUUUAUUUCGAUUUUUAUCGAGGUAUUGGUAGUGGCGAGCUCCGCAUUCUUCCGUCAACAGGGGUCUUAACUAAUCGGUGACGACUUACUUAACGAACGUUUCUCAAUUUUUUAAGUCGCGCAUCGGCAUUUAGGUGCAUACAUCCUGGGGGCAAGAAGUCUAUUUGAUAUUUAUAUUUUAAUAUACACGGGCCGAUUAUAUUUAGUGUAUUGUAAUUAUUGAAUAUUAAUUGAAAGCCCCGAGAGCUGCUCGUCCAACGUUACGAUAGAGUCAUUAAUUUACCGGAGGAGCAGUAUAACACUAAAAAAAGAAUCGAACAUGGAAAAACGAAAUACAUAAUUCGAUGGACGAGCAGGCCGCCGGGGCAAGAACCACGAUUUUCUGUAUAUUACUGUAGUAUAAUAAUCAAACACUAAAGACUAAUGCUUAAGGUGAUCGAUAAGAGCCUCGACGCUCUUCGAAGCCGCGUAAGUGUAAUCGAGAAAUUAUGCAAACUGAACGAUUAAAAAAGCAAACGAAAAAGAAAAGAGUGCAAGAGAAAUAAAAAGAAAGAAACGAUUAAACGAAAAGAAACACACAUAUACAUAAAAAAAAAGAUAAUAAUAAAACGUUUCAAUUAAACGACAGAGAAAGAAAGAGAAAAGUACACACAGCGGUACCAGGCAUCACUAUGUUUUAAAUGGUUAAUAAAUGCAGAUGUCCGUGUAUUCGCUCGGACACUUUUUCAACUGAAUUUUUGCUGUUCUUUUACGGCUGUAUUAUUUUGUCAAACGCUCUUUGUCUCAAACCCUUGUUUCUUCGUUUUACUUUGCUUUUCGCGCGCUAUGGUCGCGACUCAAACCUAAUUCCAUUGCAACGUCGACGUUCUAUCGACGAUCAAUGGACUAUCAUUAUGAUAUUCCUUCGUAUCUGUUCUACCCUUUCGUCGGCGAACGGUAUACGAAAAUAGAAACAACACCAUCGUGUCCCGUGUUCUUGCCGUACGCGUAAGAGCGAGCACGUCGCAGUGUCGGUUUGUACGCCGUACGCGGACAUCGGAGUUACCGGUUCUCAACUUCCUGCAUUCUUUAGUUUCUGGCGCAACCUACGCGUGUCUGGCGUUACAGCAGGAAGAAAUUGCGAUUCCGUCGUGUCGGUUUUACAAAAGAAAUUUAACCAGGAGAUCGUUAAGGUAUAAUAACAGCGUAACAAGAUCGAUCGAUGAGCUCGUGAACGAGAGAAUCGAGGGAGGGAAAGAGAAUGGACGAUAUACAGUGACACUCGGAAGUAUUUGAACACUUCUAAAAACAUUUUACAAAUAUAUUAAGCAUGUUAUAGGAAACAUUUUGAAAUCUCAUUAACGCCGUGGCAGAACACGAUUUUCACGAUUAUAUUGAUUAAAGUUGGGACGAAUCUGUAAAUGUAUAUAGCGUUAAUCAAACAGUUUCGUACAACACGAUAUAUAUUCAGAAAAAUUGUGGUUGGCGUUCAAAUUGGUAAAGUACUGUACUCUACCGCUCAAAAGUAUUCAGAUGCUUGAUUAUUUUUAAUAUACAGUAUCUAUAUGCUUUAAUUAUAAAUUUAUAGAAUCGAGCUACGAUGAUUUUAUUUGUUAUAAUUACCACGGCUACGUGCAAUAGCGUAUCAUAAACCGACCAAACUGAUUUCUGGAAGUGAAUACGCGGUAAUAUGAUUGACGCUUGUGAUCUUCAAAUCUUUCUAUUACGAUAUCGAAUGUAUGAGUUCCUAGAAUCCAAUGUUUCCAGCGAAGUCUAUAAUAAUUUACCGCCCGGUGACUCUAUAAAUGGGCAAUGAGUGUUGCUUUUAAUUACUCCAACUCAGUAUUAACCGUUUGUACUCGGCAUAUUUUUCAUUUCCUUAUUUCUUUUUUCGUACAACGCGAAGACGAAACUUCAAGGAGAUGAUCUUUGAAAACUUCAAGGAAAUGAUCGUAUCUUUAAAAAGCUCGGGCCUGGUGUAAUUUUCUGCUAUAUAACCAUCGGUAAUCUCUUUGUGUCCCCCUAGAGGAAACAUCCGAGUUGUUCGCUAGAUUUACGAUGUCCGCUCAGAUGUCCGGAUAGCAGAAUGUAAAGGGUUAAUUUGUAUACUUCAAUAAAAUUAGUAAGUAGAUAGAGUAAAAAGUGUCCUGAUACUUAUGAGCGAUAUUGUGUACGCACCGACUCAUUUGUAAUAUCGCGCAGCUUCGAAGAAAAGCUUUUGAAAAGAGAAAAAUAGAGUCCAUUACAUGUAUAAUUACGCUUGGUGGGAGAGAUAUAACGAGGUUGUAAAUUAGAAUAACGAUUAGCGACAUAGAUCGAUGUACCUAGUGUCUAUGUUCGAUGUCGAUAUGCAUCUCGUAGAAGGGUUUUGAAUCUCAAACCGUGGAAGUCAUUGGCGAAUCGAUGCGUAUUAAAUUUUUCUAUAACAUCCGGAUCAUGUGAAAAAUAGCAAACUGUGCGUGUCUAGAAAUUGCUUCUCAGAUUACACUACGCAUUAUUUGUUACUUUUAUCGCAAUCUUCCCGACAUUCUUGACCAAAUUAUAUCCUCCUAACGUUAAAAAUAUCUCAAGUUUGAACAAUGAUACGCGCGAUGUCUCCUGUAAUUUUAUGUCGAAUAUGCUUCUUGUGAUCUUGCUGUAUCUCUUUCAUCAACAAUACGUACCUGUUAUCACUUAAGCACGCAAUCAAAGCAACCGUUCGAUCGAACCACAAAUGAAAUAUGGAAAGAAUAAAGAAAAAAGAAAAAAAUAAAGACCGCAACGGUCAACGCGAAACAUUUGAUCAAAAGAGCCUCGCGUUCGUGUAAGCCAAGCCAUAGAUGAAAACUCAUUAGGGGAAGUAGAGGAGUAGCAAACUAAACGUCCCUUUUUAUAUCUUUGCCUCAAAUUCAGCGAACCACGAAUUUUUUCUGGGGACUCGGAAUAAGUAACUUAGCGCGUGUCUUAUUCGCGACGUGUUUCUUCUUUGUUCUAUAUCUAACUGUGCUUUUAGCAUAAUACAUUUGUACAUGGUCUACAUGGUAUAAACAGAUACACACAGACAUACACACACGAUGAAAAUAUUUAGCGUCGAUUUUUACUCGGAGCACGUAGAAACGCGUGUCAUAAAGCGUCUAAUUGUAAUAUAUACGAUAAUAUAUAGAAGGCAAAAUGAAUUCUGUAGAGCAAAAAUACUGAUACACGUCUAUACACGUACAUACACUCGAUACGAUAACUGCGUAUUAUUCGACGUAAGUUUUUCUUGUAGUUUCUCGAUCGUGUUAGUCACUAAAGUUAAUUAGCUGUCCUAAGUAACCGACCAAAACGGACUAACGUUAUCUUCCGAAAAGCUACGAUAAGGCGAUUGCGUGGUUCAACUAUAUUUCGUUGAAAAUAUAUUCGAAAUGAGACGAGAAAAUGGUUCAAAUAUCUGUAGCUCCUUUAAAGUCAGACUAAAUUCUUUUACACUUGAACGAUGGUAAAAAGAUUUGCCACUCCGAAAAAGGAAAAAAAAGUAAAGAUCAAACUUUGCGUUAGCAAUUCUUGAAACGGGAACGUAGGGCUAGUUGCUUAUCGGGUUGAACUACGUAGCUUCUUCCUUAAGAAAAGGAAAUAAGGGAAAGAACAUAUCAGUAUCACGGUCGUCGAUACGAAAAAUCUGAUAUUCUCUUUUUAAAAGUUUCUAAAAAUAGACGGUUGAACAGAACAUAUUUUUCUCCUGUUUUCUAUCCGUUCUUAGUUUUUCGGAAAAACGUACCAUUCACCUAGAUAGUACAAUAAAAAGUAGAAGUUCCUUGCAAACGUGCUGAGAGGCGGGACUGUUUUUAAUUACAAGGCGCGCGUCCUAAUUAACCGAAGUAGCCAGGUUACGAAUCUAACAGUAGGUGUUAGUUUAACGAAUCGAGUAAAUUGAAUUGAUUGGACCGAUAGGCGGUAUUUAUCCGAUUUUUCAAAUACGCGUUUCUGUCACGAUAAAUAGUGGUAAUUGUUCGAUCGACGAUAAGAUUGCUUCGACACGAAAAUGGUAUCUUAGACAUCAGAGAAGAACGUACGCAGAAAUGUAAGAAGUGCAGGAAGCUUUUAAAAUACAACAGUAACUACGAGAUAAAGAAUGAAAGAAAAAAGUAAAGAAAGAGGAAGAAUGUAAUAUAUACGAAUACUAACGUGUUUUCCCGUGUCGUAAAAAAGAUCGUUCGUUUUCAGCCUGAUAUAAUAUCUCUCGUCGAAGUAGACUAUAUGCAGUUUUUUCUUUUCUUUUUUUUUUUUAAGAAGAAUAAAAAUAAGCUUUCGAAGAUACGUAGCCAUGAUCUCGAAUUAAACUCAAUCGACGUACAGUAUCGUGUAAUAUUUGUUUAUCGCGAGUAAAAGUUUCGAAGAUGCCGAUGAGUUCAAUGUAAGGGAAGAACGAAGAAAAAGAAAUGGAUUACGUACUAUCUAAGCAUGCGACUGAAUAAUCAACCUGAAAUUAUUGCAAUAUUGCGUAACAUUGUAGAAGAUAAUAGUCAACGAUUGUAUAAAGAGUACGACAUUUAUGAGCAAUGUUAUAUGAGUAUGUGUGUAUAUAUAUAUAUAUAUAUAAAAGUACCUACAUAUAUAUGCGUAUACUUGUAAUAAUUGAUAAAACCAGGGUAAACAUUAACUAUUAUCUAUGUGUAAUAUUUAAAGAGCGCCUGGUGCGCAAUCCGCGCACAGCUGCUCCGUAUGUCUCUGUAAUAAUUAUGCGUGUUUGCAUUUAUGAAAUAGAAGAGGAAAAAAAAAAUGUAUAUUAUAUGAUACUAAUAUUAAUAUUAAUGACGAUAGAUAUGCCCGACGACACAUCUUAUUGUAAAUAACGGUAAUAAGAACUAAUCGCACGGUUCUCAAUUCGUUUAACACGUUGCCCCUGUUCGUGUAAACGCGUUGAGAAUCCGCGGUACUUUAAAUUUUGAAAGAACGGCGAACAAAAUAAAUGAGACGAAGCAGCGCUGCGUGUAAACGUCGAAGGAAAAGUCGAGAGAAGAAAAGAAAAAAACAAGUAACUAAGUAGACUGUCGUAGGUUUAUUACUCGUUAUUAUUGCUCCUGCCUAUUCGCAAACUUUGACUGUAAUUAUCUCGUAAACACGUUGGACCAAGUCGUUGUGAGCACUAGCCGUAAAUUGUAGAACGUCGUUCCGACGGUUUCGUGAUCGUCGAAAGGCUUUGAGUUUAAACGCUCGAACAGAAAUUCUAGUAGCUUGUAUCGCGUGUACCAAUUGUCCAAGCGAAGAAAACCGAUUUGAUAAAAAGUGUCUAUGGUUUUACAGUAUUAAAGCAAGUCAUUAAGUGCACGGCAUAUAUCGUAAUUAUUGCGCCUAUAUCACCGUAAUCCAAUAAAUGUUCCUUGCACAGAUUUUCUAUGCAAAAGUAUGCUGAGAUUUGGAUCUCCCUUAAAGAAUCUACAUGUUACAUAGGUCAACUCGUGCGACGAUAUUUGCCCUUAGAUACUGAAUUAAUUUGUAUCAAACAGUUAGCGAUCGCGUCAACAGCCAUCGAGUAUCGUAUAUCGAUUUUAUUUUUUAAUAAUUGAACAGAUCCAAAGAGAAUUGGACGAGAGUAGACGAGAGUACAAGCUACGAGAGAUGCUUCACUUCUGUCUAAAGAGGAGUCAAGCUCUGCUCGAACUUUUUUGUAUUUUGUACACGCGACGCUCACAUCGACAAGGCUUGCAAAACGGAAGACUUCGUAGACCUCGAAAUAUUUGCUAAAUUUUACUAUCGUGUUAUCUCUUGCGAAUUGCUUGAUGGACUUUUACAAGAUUAUCGUGUUGGUACCUUUCGAAAAAGAUGAGAAAAAGAUAAAGAGGAACACUUUUAACUUGCAAUUAGAUUGAAACGCGAAAUUACGACCUAUCGUUCGUAGAAAGAAUGAACAAUUCUUAGCGAAAGUAGCUUUUCAACGCACUCUUCGUUUCUUUUCGAUAAUGGCACCAGCGAAGAUCAUGUAAACCGUCUUCGUGUGGUGAAGAAAAAAGUUGAAAUCUAUCAAAGUCCCGAUAAACAAUUGGAAAGUUAUUCGUCAAUACAUCAGUGUUGCAUUAUUUGUGUAAUAACGUUAAACGGCAAGCAAAUUACUACUAUCGCAAAAUAUAUUGAUAGACCGAUGAUAAUAAUGUAACGAUACUACUACAAAGUGAAUGUUGCCUUUUAUCACAUUGGUUAAUCGUAAACAAAGGAGAAAAAACUUAAUUAAUUACAUACAAUUAUAUUAACGACGACUAAUAACUAUAAAUACUAUCUAUUGUAUUAUGAGUACUAAUAACAAUUGCUAUGUACACAUGGAGGUUCGUAUGAUUGUAAAUGAUAUGUGUUGCGUUGAUAUGUAACGCGUCCCUAUGUUAAAAUGGGGGCUGUGAAAAUAAAUCAACCAGACACUU